UAGAGACAUUUUAUAGUAAAAUCACAUGCAUGUUGGCAGGCCAGAAGCAGAAGAUCACCUUGAUAUAAAGCUCAUCUAACAAGAUGCUCCAUAGCCUCCUGGUCUAAACGUGGGAUGUGGAAGUGACAGUGUGAUUUGGAGGAAGACUGUGAGAGGAGUGUAAGAAGUUUAAUAGGGCUGCACUGAUCUGAUGAACAGGGAAGCUUGUCAUGCGGGAAUCAAUGGAGGAGGAGCCAAUGACUCACCCUGGACAUGAUGAAAAUGAUGUAGGUCUGGCUCAGAUCUUGGCAGAAGUGGUAGAGGAAGUGAGACUGUCCAUAGACAGAGAUAUUAAUGGUGCUGAUCUUCUGUACAGUCUCCUCCGUGCUCCCUGGCUCUAUUCUCUCCUCAGGGUAUAUGAGUGUCUAGUGCUGCACAGUCGAGAUGCCCCAAGACCAUACAUGCCUUACUCCUCAAGACUAUCUCAAGAGAUUAUGGCCAGUGUGCGAGGACUGGCUGCUCCCUCCUCUGAGGCACAGGAACUUUAUCUUUUGCUGAAAUACCCUCAUAUGCAGGCUUUGCUCUCUGCCCAUGAUUCAGUGGCUCAGAGGGACUAUGGUCCAGUGUUGCCGCCCCUUCCUGACAAAAUGCCUGACAAUGAGGAGCCCAUGAGGAUUGUUUGCCUUGUGAAGAACAAACAGCCUUUGGGGGCAACUAUUAGGAAGGAUGAGAAAACAGGGAACAUCUUUAUUGCAAGGGUGAUACAUGGAGGACUGGCAGAUCGCAGUGGACUUCUUCAUCCUGGUGACAAGCUGGUGGAAGUGAAUGGACAGAAAGUGCAAAGACUGCAGCCCGAGCACGUCAUUCAGAUUCUAGUGAGAUCUCAGGGAAAUAUUAUUUUUAAAGUGAUCCCUAAUUCACCACAACCCAUCAACCGCCAAGCAACACUAUAUUUGAGAGCCAUGGUGGAUUACAGUCCUCUGCAGGACCCUACGAUCCCCUGCCCAGAUGCAGGAAUGGCCUUCAGUAAAGGAGACUUGCUGGAGAUUGUAGACCAGAGGGACAGCCGAUGGUGGCAGGCCAGGAAACUCCACAGUGCCUCAUUAUGUUGUGGCCUCAUCCCCUCCACUAACCAGUUCAGAUCUAAGCAAAGAGAGUUGUGGUGGUCUCAACCUUAUCAAGCUCACACCUGCAUCAGACCCUUGAGCCCGAGUGAUGUUGGAGAAGAGGUAACCGAUGAGAUCAAAUACACUGAAACAGAUGAAGAUUUUGAGUUCGUUUCAGAGGAGGGUGAGAAUGGCGAACACAUGCAGGGCUUAUACAUAGCGGGGUUCCGGCACAGUCUGCGUGUGUGGAGGAGGAAAUCGUACCUUAGACAAAAGCCGUCGUGUUAUUCCUGCGGAGUCGGCAUCUGCCAUAACACUUCAGCCAACCUCUAUGAAGAGGUGGUCCACUACCAGCGCCACAUAGACGAUCCCCCUCGUCUCAUCGUGCUCAUUGGUCCAUCGGGAGUUGGUGUAAAUGAAUUACGCAGGAGGCUAAUCAAAAUCAACCCUAAUACGUACCAGGGACCAAUAUCUCACACAACACGUCCCCAAAAUAUGGGUGAGAAGAAUGGCCGUGAAUAUCAUUUUGUGUCCAAGGAAAUCUUUGCACACAUGGUGGUUAAUUACAAAUUCCUCGAGUAUGGAGAGGAUAAUGGUCACAUGUACGGCACCAGCUUAGACUCAGUCAAAGAUGUUUUGGACAAUGGGAAAAUAUGUGUUAUUGACCUUGAACCUAAUUGCAUUAAUUCAGUCAGAACCAAGCAGCUGAAGCCCUACAUCAUAUUUGUGCGGCCUCCGUCCCCUGAAUGCAUGAGGCAAACAAGAAAAGACCCACAUUUUAUUGCCAACAGCUACAUUAAGAGAUACUUUCAUGAUAAAGACUUUGAGGAGAUCGAGGAAGCAAGCAGGGCCAUGGAGGGCAAGUACCGUCAGUUCUUUGACUGCGUGAUUGUGAACGACGAUCUGCAAGAUUCAUGCAUGGAUCUGUUCACAGCUAUACAACAUGCUCAAGAAGAACCACAGUGGGUUCCUGCCAGCUGGUUUGUUCCUGCUCAUCCAUGACACACAUUGGAACAAAGCAGGGAAUUUUGUAUCGUUAAAACGAAUGUAAAAGAACUGAAUUUCAAAAAAGCAAAUGCCUUUGUGAGUAGUUUAGUCCUUGAGUAAAAUCUAUGGUUUCACUAGAUCUAAAUUGUUUCUAUCUUGAAAUCUAUAGUUUUUUCUAGUGAUUUAAACUGUUUACACUGGCGUAAAAAGAACUUUUAAAAAGUGUUAGCUACAUGAAGAAACGUAAAUGCAACAAUUUUUUUGUCCAGCAAGAACAGUCACAUGCGGUUGUUUCUCCAACUUUAUUUUUGUCUUAAGUUAAUCGUUUAGCCUUUUCCAAUAAACAUUUUGUGGUGUGGUAGAUUAUGUCUUUACUUAUAAACAGAAGCCUUGGUUUUUAAUAAAUGUAAUGUUUAAAACUAGCCUAGUGGAUGGAGGAAAAUAUUUUUUGUUGAUUUUUUAAAGAAUAUACCAAAGACAUUUUAACCAAAGACAUUUUAACUCGCUUUAGAGAUAUUUAUGAAUCUCCUCUUUCUGUCAUUCAUUAAGCAUCUCUUAUCAUAUUAUUAUUUGGCUAUAGCCUACCUAUUUUGUUGGCAUGUCAUCUUAAGAGUUUUAUAUAUUGAAAAAAAAAAGGAUCUCUUUUAAAAAAUAAAUCCAUUUUAAA